AUGAUUGCGAAACCAGCCAUACGACUUCUGCAGGUCUCAAUUGCACACAGAAACGGGUCUCUCACUACUUCCCUCCCAGCAACAUUACGAACAUUACGGCACUUCUCAAGCACAAAAGAAAACAGAGCCAAGAACAGGAUAUACACUCCAGUGCGUCGUCCCGAUGACUUCUCCACCAAUCUGCUCCUCUCAACCUCAUCGCGCACUCCCAUGCUAACUCUCUGGACCGCAUCCUACUGCAACACCUGCCGAACCGUGUCACCCAUCAUCCAGGACCUGAUCGAGUCGGGGGUGGGCGAAGACGAGGGCGGCGUCUCAUUCUGCGAGGUCGAGUUCGAUGCGCCGGAUAUUAUGGAGGGUGGAUUGGGCAUGGAAUACAUGAUUACAAGCAUGCCGACGCUGCUGAGUUUCGAUCGAGGGGAGGCUCAGACGCAGACAAAAGUCGUGGAUGCCAGGAAGAUGGGGGAUAGGGACUGGAUGAGGGAAUGGAUUAAGAUGGAGGCGAGGAGACAAGGCGGAGGUGGUGGUGGGGGAGGGACGGGGUUGUUUGGAGGGUUGUUUGGGAAUAUGAGGUAG